GUAGGUGAUCGGCGCAGCGGCAUCAAGCGUGGUGAUGAGCGGGGUCGAAUCGAAGCCGGCGCGCCGGAGGAGGAACGCUUCAAUGCUUCCUUCCAACGCGCUGUUGCUACGAAGGAUCGACUGUUGAGUUACGACCGCGAUGCCAAGCGCAGAACAAAGGUCUACGAUGAUGCCACCGAUUGGUACUCUGAAGCUGCCAACCCCUGGCUCUCUGAAAAACAACGGGAAGAGGCCAAGGCCAAGGGCCAAGACGAGGAGCGGCGAAGGCGUGAGGAGAAGCGGAAGAUCCACGCGAAGAUCGACCUCUUCGGUCGCACGGUCAUCGAUGCCGGAGCGGAAGUGGAG